AUGACCGCUCGCGUUAUUCUGAACGCCCUCGCGGUGUUACACGGCCUCGACAGCGCGACUGGCGACCCCUGGACCAGCCCUCAGUCAUGCCAAGCCGACAUCUUCCUCCGCAUCGACGCGGUCGCCGCGCGAGCCCACGAGAUGAGCCCCUGGCUCGUCUUGAUCGUCUCGGAUGCACAAACGACCAACAACACACUCACUCUUCUCAUACCCACGCGGACGCCGUUCCAGCUUCCGCUCGCAACCUAUGACGAGUGGAUUGCGCUCAUUCAAAGUUUGGACAUGUCGGACUGCCGCAUCGCUGAUUACCAGCAGGAGACGCUGCUCAAGAUCGCCCUUGCGUAUCGCGUGUUCGCCUCGGGAGCCCACCCUGCCGUGUAUUUGGACGACUUCGACAUCCUCGCACGGCGUCUCGUCUCCGCUGCGAAGGUCCUCGGGAGAUUCGAUCGCGCCGAUGCGACGCUUCGGGAGGCUGUUGACUAUCUGGAGCUCCAUCUACCUGAGGACAUCUUCACCGACAUGAACAUCCCGUCGAUCGACUUCGAUGCCUUAGAUGUGGUUCAGCCGGUCCAUGCCGGCGUCGAAGAGGUGAUGUCACCGGCUGGGGACGUCCGCUCUGCCGAGGACCGCUCAGAUGACGAGAUGUCUGACAUUGCUAGUUCCUGCCCUAGUUUGAAGACUUAUCAUUCCGGUUCUGACUGUGAUUGA